AUGAGUAACCCUUUCCUGAUCCCUGCCCCUGCAGUAGCACAGUAUCCGGUUGCAGAACUGUCCCACGGCUACUCGACCAGAUACUUUCCGGUACCGCAUCGGCUUCUCAGCGCUAUGAGUAUCCCUUUGCUCACUCCUGCCCCUGUGCAGAACCUUGAUUCAGCCCUAGGAGCAGCAACGCUGGCCCAGAAGCGCCAUGCGCACAAUGAAGAACGCAUUGCCACUCUUCACAUGGUCAGCGAUGAGCUCACCCAGCGACUCACCCAGAGACCAGUCAUUCCGGAGAGGUCGCCAGAGCUGUCCCACGGCUACCCGACCAGAUACUUUCCAGUACAGCACCAGCUUCCCAGCGCCAUGAGUGCCCCUUUGCUCACUCCUGCCCCUCUGGCGGCACAGAACCUCGACGCAGCCCUAAGAGCAGCAACGCUGGCCCAGAGGCGACAUGCGCGCAAUGAAGAGUGCAUCGCCGCUCUUCACAUGAUCAGUGAUAAGCUCACCCAGCAAUUCACCCAGAGACCAGUCAUUCCAGAGAGGUUGCCAGAGCAAUUGGCAGAGAUGCGCCAGGAUCUGUUGGACCUGGCUGCCUACGAGUUUGCACGUGAGGGCAUGCGCACCAUCAAAGUCGGCCACAGGAUGGGGGUGUGGCUUGACGAUGCUGCAAUCCUGCCAGCUCUCCAUGCAUUGGCAAAGAACGCCAACCAGUUCAACCCCUCUGAAUGGCCUUGCUUCCUUCUGAAUGGACCAGGCCAGCACUAUGUUUGCAGGGCAAGCGCUGUGACGACGCUCCAGGGAUUGGCUCAGCAUGGGCAGCAGUACCUUCGCAAUCUUGAUUGGUGUCUCUUGCAGCAGUCUGUGCUCGAGUCGACCGAAGAGACAGCUGCGCACGCUACCUAUGUUGGAUGCUGCCACAGGGACCUCUUGGGCCCUAGUGCAGCCCAGACUAGGGCAGCAGAGGACUCAGGCCAAGUUGGUGGGACUCGUCGCAACCGCUGGGAUUCUGGAGGCUGGCAAUCAUAUGGUUUGAGCGAUGGGUUUGUGUUGCGCCUCUUCGAUGGAGCUGGUGUGCAAGAUGGACGUCCUGCUGCCGUGGGGGAGGUGAAUGCAGGCAUCGUCAAUCUCAUCCGCCAGAACCAUGCGCAUCUUUGUCGUGUAGAUUGCUCGACACCGGAUGCUCCUGCGGCACUGCAGAGGAUCAUCGACAUGGCCAGUCGUACAAGCGUCAAACGUCCCUCGAUGAUCGUCAUGAAGGACAUGACUGCUGAGGAUCUACGCGGCCAGCACACCGCUGACUACGGACUCUUUGGUCUUGGUUGCGGGCAGGGUCCAGCAUCGUUUCAGCAGCUACUUGCUCUGAUCGAAUAUAGCCAUGACAAGACGGUCUACGACAGAAUAGAUCGACGCACAGCAACACCAGCUUAUGCCCGACGCCAUGUGAUUGACUUUUGGUCCCAUGGGCCCGAUCAUCGCCUAAUCUUCCUUCACGCUGUCAUGUUAAGUGCUCGCUUGUUGGUUGCUUUCGAUGCGCCCGUUGUCAGAUUCACCUCGACCUCCGUCAUCUGGAUCAUGUGUAACUGCAUCAACAAGAUCCUUCGCAAUGUUGCGCAAGAAGUUGGCCCUCAUCUCUUGGCAGACGUGCUCACUGGCGUUCGAUCCAUCGCUGAUCUAGGCACUGCCAUCUUUGAUCGCGGAGAUGCAAGCAACUUGCGCUGGCAACGGGAAGCAGGACAGGCUCAGCGCUUCAUGGUGGAUCUCUGCGGAACCACGCGCUCCUCUUCGAUCACGCUGAGGAGCGGUAAAGAAAUGCUUGUCGACUAUAACUUCUUGGCCAUCCUCACUGCCCAUGAAGAUGUGCUCAAGUACUUGCCAAACUACGCAAAGGAUUGGAGCUCCCUCAUGUACCUGUCCAAUGCUGUGUUUCGUGCUGCUCAAGAGCUCCAGGACCGGCAGCUUCUCGAGGGUCUUGUCAGGGAGUCUGGAGUCGCCGCCCUCAUCUCACAGACCCGCAGUUGCCUCAAGAAGUUAUUUCUGGUCCAAGGGUUCGUCUUUUGGCGGGCGCAAGACGAGGAUACCGAGGACAGAGAUGAUAGCAACAAUCACCCUGACGCUCCUGAUGACGAGCACCACGCUCAUCACGUGGAUGACCUCAAUAACCCUGAUGACGGCAAUGACGAUGGUAAUGACAACAGUGAUGACGACGACAAUUCCAACGAUCCUUAUCAUUAUCAAGGUCACAACGGUCACGACGGUCACGACGGUCACGACAGUCACGACGGUCACGAUGGUCACAACGGUCACACUCCCAGCGCUCAGUUGGCGUCGUCAAAGGGCAAAAGGCGCGCCAUCGACGAGGCUGACUCGUCAAGAACGCGACGCAAAAGGAACGCAUCGCUGCCAUUGGAGGUGCUGCGCAAAGACGCAUUGCUGCCAUCGGAGGUGCUGCGCAAAAACGCGUCGUCAUCAUCGCAGGUGCUGAAGCAGUUGAAGACGCCAACGUCCACCACGGCUUGCCACCCGCCCCGCUCAGAGUUGUGGCACAAACGGAUGAAGCAGAGGACCUUUCGCACUGCUGCCGGAUUGCCCCAGAGCAAGGAGCGCAAGAAGCAGUGGGCGGAUGCUGCCAUUGGAGGUGCUGCGCAAAAACGCGUCGUCAUCAUCGCAGGUGCUGAAGCAGUUGAAGGCGCCAACGUCCACCAUGGCUUGCCACCCGCCCUGCUCAGAGCUGUGGCACAAACAGAUGAAGCAGAGGACCUUUUGCACUGCUUCUGGACUGCCCCAGAGCAAGGAGAGGAAGAAGCAGUGGGCGGAUGA